UAAUGUAAAUGUUAUUUUACGCCAGCUCCACACUGUAGCAGCAAACGGAAACAUGCCAUACAGAAUGUGUACAUUGCGCAGUUAGUAUGAGUCAUUUUAUUUACCGCAAUGAAAAUCCAGCAAUGUAUAUCGUUGCCGCUAAAGUUUGGCAAAUUUGCUGACGUCAGUGUGGAGCCGGCUUAAAAUAAUAAACUUUGAUUUGGAUGGAAAUCUACAAAACAAACUUUUAUAUUUAUUGUCAAGUAAGCCCUCCAAAGAUAAUUAUAAUACACUUAGGUACGUUUUAAAGCCUUCGUUGUCCUGCAGUGGUGAACAUUUAAUAGUUAAAUUUUAGAUUUUACAGGAUUAACUUUUGUUUUCGUUCGAAUUAUAGAUGUCCACCAUGUUUUCCAACAAAGUCGUCCUGGUAACUGGGGCCAGUUCAGGCAUUGGAGCAGAAACAGCUCAGCAGUUCUCCAAAUUAGAUGCACUCCUAGUGUUGACUGGCAGGAACAAAGAGAACCUAAAAAAUGUUGCUGAUCGAUGCCAAGAAAUCUCACCACAGAAAUUACAACCUUUCAUUGUUAUUGCUGAUAUGAAUAAAGAAAGUGACAUUGAGAAUAUUAUAAAACUGACUCUAGAAAAAUACAAUAAACUUGAUGUUCUUGUAAAUAAUGCUGGAGUAUUAGAAUCUGGUACUAUUGAGACUACCUCCUUAGCACAGUAUGACAGGGUUAUAAACACAAAUGUCCGAGGUCCUUAUUAUCUGACUAUGCUUGCUACACCUCAUCUUAUAUCAACAAAAGGAAAUAUUGUGAAUGUUUCCAGUGUUACUGGCCUAAGGUCGUUCCCUAAUGUUCUUGCAUAUUGCAUGUCAAAAUCAGCUUUGGAUCAGUUUACAAGAUGUGUUGCCCUGGAAUUGGCCGUAAAAGGAGUUCGAGUCAAUGCCGUCAAUCCAGGUGUGAUAACUACAGGGUUACAUAUGAAAGGAGAGGGUAGUAUGAAUGAGCAAGAAUAUGAAGCAUUCUUGCAAAAAUGUGCAGAGACACAUGCUCUGAGAAGACCAGGUGAUGCUAAAGAAGUUGCUAAUGUUAUUACAUUUUUAUCCAGUGAUGCAGCAAGCAAUAUCACAGGUGCAACUAUUCCUGUUGAUGGAGGUCGCCAUGCUAUGUGCCCCCGCUAAUACAUCUUUGUUUUUGAUUCUAUAUAAAAAAACAUUUUCUAUGAAAUAAACGAUUUGGAUAGAUAUAUACAUAACAGAAGCAAAACCUUUACAGAUAAGAAAGGCACAUUCUACCUUGAUAUUGGACAGCUAGGGGAUAAUGAUUAUCAAUGAUCAAUUCAUGUAAACAUUCCAUUCCCUACCUCUCUCUUUUUUGAGAAGUAUGUUUUCACUUGGUUAAGUUGAUUUUAGUAUGAAGACUAUGUGUGUGAUGUAUUGCCUGUGACUGUGAUGGUUGUUUUAUAAAAUUGAAAAAAUCUACAGUAAUGUUGAAAAGUAUAAAAAAUUAAAUUGAUAGUUUUACAAAUCUC